AACAACUGGGAAAGAUAAAUAAAUAAUUAAAUUUAUUGCAUUUACGCGUAGACGAGUUUUUCACACGUUAGUACCCGUAAGAAUUAUGAUUAUUUUCCUGAAAAUUCUCAUUUUUGCACUUCCUCUCACCACUUGCCAGUUAAAUAAUGCCUGCAAAAGCUUCGAAAGCUAUUUCAAUAUCUAUUUCAGUCCCGACUGUUUUUACAUUCCUGAUAACUACUUAAACGCCCCCGAAAUAAUCAAACAUCAUGUAGGCUUAUUCGAACACCACAAAGUUACCACCGAAGAUGGCUACAUUUUGGGCCUCUUUCGGAUUCCACAAACUAGCCCAAAGGGCGUAAUUCUCUUGCAGCACGGUUUUGUGCAAGACGCCAGGUCUUGGUUGUCUCAGUACAACGAAUCGGUGGCUUUCUGGUUCUGGAAGGCCGGUUACGAUGUGUGGCUUUCCAACAGUCGGGGCACUUUUUACUCGCAAAAACAUUCAAAUCUCACAGUUAAUGAUGAGGAGUUUUGGAAUUUUACGUUUCACGAAAUUGGCUAUUUUGAUUUGGAUGCUGUUAUCAAGUAUGUGAAAGUGUGCACUAAACGUCCCAAGGUCAUUCUUGUGGCAAGUUCGAUGGGCUUUGCCUCCAGUCUGGUCUAUGUCUCCAGCAAAUACAAAGAAGCCGCCGAAAACGUUCAAAUUUUGAUCGGCUUAGCUCCGGUUUGGAGCCUGAAAUAUACAAAAAGUUUGUACAAAUGGGCUCUUUUCCCCUCCAUCCACUCCAUACUUAAAAAUGGGCUAAACCGCUUUAUUAGUUGGCACAGUUGGCCACAUUAUGACGGGUGGAUGCUGUGGACUUUGAGAAUGUUGAACAAAGUUUUCCCUUUCAAAAAACUGUACAUCUACACUGAAUCCGUGUUUUGUGGCUGGAGCGAAACCGGGUUUGAUCCUAGUUUCAUAAACUUGAUGAUUGAUCAUCUCGGAGCUCCAUCUUCUUUGAAAAAUUUUGAACACAUUUAUCAGACUAUAAACAAUGAAGAAGUCCGUAUGUUUGAUUAUGGAAAAAGCAGAAAUUUGGAAAUUUAUGGCUCGGAAAUGAACCCGUCCUAUCUGUUAGAAAAUGUUUCAGUUCCUCUUCUUUUAGUUUAUGGCACUAAUGACUACUUAACCCAAGCUGGCGAUAUCGACGCCUUAACUCAGAAACUCCCUGAGGAGGCCAAAGUUUUUGGAGAAAUGAAGAUUGAGGGAUUUUCUCAUACAGAUUUUUACUUUGGCAGGCACAGAUACGAAAUGGUUUACAAGAAAGUGAUUGAAUUUCUUGGCAAUUUGGAGGAAUAACAAAACCAUCGCAAAAUGACAUAACAUGUUGUAGAAGUAAAUAUUAUAAAACCAAAGAAUUGUUUUUACUUUAUUCUUGUUUCAUUAUUUUUUACAUCAGGCAGGAGAAAGAAAAUCUCAAAAACUAAAUUACAAUUAUUAUUAAAAAUCUAAAUAUCCGAACAUUUACAGUUGGCUGAUUUUGUAGUAAAAAUUCCAAGUCGCAUUUCAACAAAACUACAAUUUUUCACUUUAUCUUAUUAAAUAAUUGCAUUUUCUUGAAAAUGAUUCACUUCCUAGCGACGACAAACAAUGACGAUGUUGCUAAAGCAGCGACAAUUCUCCAAUUUAUUUAUAGAAAGAAGGCUAGAUCGCUUCAAAAGAAUAAUUAAGGAUGAGAUUAAUCCAGCAACUUUCGUUGAGUUACAGUCCAGCUUCUGCCAAGAUGAAGCUUCCUCUGUUGGUUCUUGCAAGCGUCACAAUUUGUUGUGCCAUCCCGGCCACCAACCUUAGCAUACAAACAUCGGUCUUCAAAGCAUUGUUUUACAAACUAAUCAAAGAGAAAUGUUACGCAAACGCCACGGACGCGACAUUCCAACAAUUCAUUAAUCUGUCGGAUAACGCGACCGAAUGUCUGAAAAUGAAGGCAGAGCAAGCGCCAAUUUUAAUAACCCCUCUGAAACAAUUCAAGGAAAAUAUCCAGUUUUGCGUGGAAGAGCUUGUCACUCAGCUGGAAGAGUGCCUUCCAGAGGAACUCAAAGAGUGGCCACAAGCAAACAUAGACGUAGUUUUUAGUGUGACUGACUUCUUCUACGAAAACAAGGACCAACUUCUCACACCCAAGUUCCGCAAAUUUACGGAACAGUGUAUGGAAAACUUGGAUAAUACCGAGACCAGGCUUGAGAUUGCCAAGUGUCUAACAACUGAUCCGUUAGAUACCGCAGAUAUGAAGACUUUUUGCCGCGGAAUUGAUUUGACGGAGAAAUGUUGCUUGGAACAAUUGGGGAAAAGGUGUCCCGCUGACGCAAGCAUCAAAAAGUUGGAAAUUAAGUUUUUCGCAGCAAUGAAAGAAACGUGUGCUGAAUAUGAAACUACCGAAAGUUCGACUGAUAAUCUCCUGACGUUGUACCCACGUCUAACCCCGCCUAACAUAAACCCUGAACUGAUGUAAUUCAUGUUGACAUAACUCUUACAAAUAAUUCUUUUAUUGUAGAUAUAUUUACAGUGUAAUCGCCUCAUUAAAAAGGAGUUUUUAAACGUGUACGAAGUAAUAAAGUUUUAUCCCACUAGAA